UCCUACCAUCACUAGCAUCAUUUACCAAAAGAGAACUCGAGGGGACAGAUAGCCAACAGAGCCGGAGGAAACACACUUUUUCCUUGAAAUAUUUUGAUAGGAAAUUAUUUCGAUUCUCAUCGGGUCCUAAACAGUGGAUAAGCGGUCAUGUCAAAGAACAUUGAAUUAUUUAUAGGCACGCGCGUCUUUCUGUGUGACAGUAUUGCCCCAAAACAAUUGUGUUAGAUGUGCGUCUUCAACAGCGACUGGCACACGUUGCUUUUUCGGCCAAUGCUUCACUUUGAUGACUACGGAUACUUGCUGAUAGGCUAUGGUUCUCACAUUAUAGCCAAUCUUCAGAGGUGGCUUGAUAUUUUUUGCCAUUUGAUUGGCUUCAUUUAAACCGAUGUGUGUUUGGUGUAUGGAAGAGGAUCCGAAGGACUGGCGUCUAAGGCUUUGACUACCUCACCUGGGAGGACUCAUCUUGGCGAACGGUCUCCAUCCUGUACUUGGAUCCUAUAAACCUCCAUGCUGACCACUUCAGAGGAGAGUAUAAGAGGUAGGAUAGCGACCAGGCUACCCAUCUACUGUUUAUGUGAACACAUUGAUCCAGGACAUCCGAGCGAAAAAGGAACCAAAUACUCCAAAUACAAAACAUCCAAUAACCGGUGUGUGUUGUUGAUUUGCUUUCUGCUCAAGUCAAGAGUGUGAGUUAGACGACCACAACCUCAGGAGGCUGAACAGACCACGGUUGCGGAGAGGGUGCAAAUCCAAAGAGGAUGGUCCACUGUGCCGGGUGCGAGAGGCCUAUACUGGACAGGUUUCUCCUCAAUGUUCUGGACAGAGCGUGGCACGUCAAGUGCGUACAGUGCUGCGAGUGUAAAUGCAAUUUAACAGAGAAAUGCUUUUCUCGAGAGGGGAAACUAUAUUGCAAAAACGACUUCUUUAGGAGGUUUGGGACAAAGUGCGCGGGCUGUUCUCAGGGCAUCUCGCCGAACGACUUGGUCCGGAGGGCAAGGAGCAAAGUGUUUCAUCUCAACUGCUUCACCUGCAUGAUGUGUAACAAACAGCUAUCCACGGGAGAAGAGCUCUACAUCAUAGACGAAAAUAAAUUUGUCUGCAAAGAAGAUUAUCUAACCCACAGCAAUGGGAAAGACACAAACCUUCUCUCAGUAACAGCAUGUAGCGACCCAAGUUUAUCCCCGGAUUCUCAAGACCAGUUACAGGACGAUGUGAAGGACUCUGAAAUAGCCAAUCUGUCGGACAAAGAAACGGGUAGUAAUGAGAACGAUGGCGAGAACCUUGGCGGUAAACGACGUGGACCGCGAACCACCAUCAAAGCAAAGCAACUGGAGACCCUAAAAGCGGCAUUCGCUGCCACCCCCAAACCCACGAGACACAUCAGGGAGCAGCUCGCGCAGGAGACGGGGCUGAACAUGAGAGUCAUUCAGGUAUGGUUUCAGAACAGGCGGUCCAAGGAGCGACGUAUGAAGCAAUUGAGCGCCCUGGGCGCGAGACGGCACGCGUUCUUCCGGAGCCCGAGGAGAAUGAGAACGCUAGUGGACCGGCUGGAACCCGGGGAAUUAAUUCCAAACGGUCCUUUCUCAUACUACGGAGAUUAUCAGAGCGAGUACUACGGUCCAGGAGGGAACUACGACUUCUUUCCUCAGGGGCCUCCGUCGUCACAGGCACAGACCCCCGUAGACCUCCCCUUCGUGCCCUCCUCAGGCCCAACGGGCACCCCUCUAGGUGGUAUGGACCAUCCCUUGCCCGGGCACCACCCCUCCAGUGAGGUGCAGCGCUAUUCUGACAUCAUGUCCCACCACCCUGGGGACUCGCCCAGCCCAGAGCCAGGCAUCCCGGGGCCCAUGCACAGCAUCUCCUCUGAGGUGUACGGCCCCAGUCCGCCCUUUACCUCACUGUCUCUCAAUGGCAGCGGAUACGGCAACCACCUGUCCCAUGCACCCUCGGAAAUGAACGAGGGCACCGUCUGGUAGCUCAAGAGAGCGGACUGUACCACCGAGAGAUUCAAUAGGGGAGGACAGGAGA